UUCUUUCCGGAUCCCUAAAAUUCACAUUUUCUCCGACACUGCAUUGGCCACACUCUGAGCUCUUCUGAAUAUUGGUUUCUGUGAUCGCAAAUCGCCAAUGCCGCGCACUUGUAUGUGGUGGACGCUUGCUCGACAAAGCCGCUGAGGUACCAGGGACGCGCUCCUUGUUUCGCAAAUUUCCAAGUGAAACAAUCUCAGUUUGGUAGUUGGAACUCUCGGCACCGCUACGAAAUGCAGUCUAUGCAACGACAGUUUGGCAAGCUCCUGAACAGAGGCCCGGGGGAGAAUGCCAAGGUUGCUGUUCUCUUGAACGAUUACGAAGACGCCGACAAUGUUCUUGCAAAGGUACAGAACAAAAAAAUAAAUGACUCAGAUUUAACGUGAUUUUGCUCGUCGUGUAGCUGGCUUACAUGAUCAUCCCUCUAGAUUAUUGACAAUGCGAGGAUGUGGAGAGACUCCUGGGCUGCUCUUGCCAGCGCCCAACUGCAGGUAGUGACCGAGUAUGAAGGCCUCUACGACCCCAUCGCCGGAGCUUCUGAUGGACAAUCGCGGCACGCCGUCCCGACUCCGCAACUUCAAUUGGAACGCACCUUUCGACUGAAAAAGGCGUACACCGAGCUCAAGGCGGACCUGCUGGAAGAGAUGUUCAUGAUCGAGGAGCAUAUCCUCAAGCCCGCAGCUGAUGCCCGCGAUUGUAUCGCGCCCAUUCGCAAGACCAUCAAGAAGCGGGAGAAUAAGCGGCUGGACUACGAAAAAGCCCAGGACAAGGCAUUGAAGCUCCAGCGGAAGCCGGGACGGAGUUCCAAGGAGGAGACUGCGUUAGCGAAAGCCGACGCCGAGAUGGCGCGAGCCGCGGAUGAAUUUGGCAUUGCCGACGAGCACCUCAAAGAGACACUGCCGCCCAUCAUCCACGCGGCGUUUAGCCUGGUCACUCCGCUGCUAUCAAACCUGGUCAUGAUCCAGAACCGACUGCUAGGGCUCUACUACACGACGCUGCACACCUACUGUGAGGAGGUUGGAUUCCCCUCACCGCCGCCCCCGAUGGACGAGGUGGUCGCCAUCUGGAACGGCGCAUUGGGGCCCGUCCGCAGCGAGAUCGAGACCAUCAGUUUCAUCGCGCGCGGCAAGUCCACGCGACAACAGCAUCACCAUCAGUACCAUCACCAGCAGCCGCAAAAUCAAGAACCAAUUGGCGUCGGCAACGGACCCCGGCGCUCGGCGACGGGCCUCAUUUCCAGCCAACGACAGCGCAUGCUUCCGGCGCUCUCCCCUUCGCCGUCGACCUCGAGCUCGGCGCUCGACCAACAGCGGGCCGACUACACCAACGCGACCGACUUCACCACGGCGACCAUUUUGGGCGGAGCCGCCGUGAGCCGGACCGCAAUCAACGGAGAGCAGACCCCGUCGCAGAACCAGCCGCGACAGGACUCCUCCUCUUCCUCCUACUUUCCCUCAUUACACCACCACCACCAACAACAACAACAACGACGACAACAACAACAGCCACAAAAGGAGAAGCAACAGCGACAGCGACAGCAGCAGUUUCUCCCGACCCCCGCCGCCGCCACCACCACCACCGCAACCGCAGUACUCGGCAAGAAGAAGCCCCCCCCUCCGCCGCCCCCUCCCAAGCGGGCGGCGACGAACAAGCCGGACGAGUGGGUCGUCGCGACGUACAACUUCGCGGGCCAGGGCGACGGGGACCUGUCGUUUCGCGAGGGGGACAGGAUCCGGGUGCUGAAGCGGACCGAGACGGAUCAGGACUGGUGGGUCGGUGAGCUCGAUGGCGUCAAGGGUAGUUUCCCUGCCAACUACUGCAAGCCUUUAUGAAUGAUCAUGAUUUUCAUGGUACUGCCGAUAAAGAUGUGCAUUUUCGACUUCUUCACAAUACACUAAUAAUGAAUGGGUUGUUGGUUGUGGACAGCAAGUUGAAGAAGCGUAUGGGACAUGUCGUUGGAUAUUUCGGAAGGGCAUCCUGGGAGGGGUG